UGUGUUCGUGAGUGUGUUUGAGGCUCGUCGGGCAGCAGGGGAACUUGAAAACUUCACUGCCUUCAGCGAGGGGAGACCUGUGUGCGGAGAGCCAGCGACUGGGAGCUGAAUCUGCUGCUUUCCAGUCCAGCUGUGAUCGACAGAGGAGGACCGGUCCGGUUCUCAGCAGCAUAGGAACGAUUUCCGGCCAACAUGGAUGAUUUAGAUGCUUUGUUGGCGGACCUUGAGUCCACAACAUCCCACAUUUCCAAGCGUCCGCUCUUCCUGUCUGACGAGACUGCCUACUCCUUCCCUGUUGGGGGUCAGACCCAGCAAGACCUCUGCUCUCCACCUCAAGUCCCACCCACUCCCUCUGAGCAAACCCUAAACGGAAUUGAUGAAACAGAGUCCUCCUCAGCUCAGAGGAGUCCAUGGUCCAGAGAGAGCAGCAGUCCAACCCAACCCAUUGGUGAAGAGGACCACGUAUACAGUUUUCCUAAUAAGCAGAAGAGUAGUGAGUCAUCAGCUGUUGCUAUGAACUCAUCGUUGGGCAGCAACCUGUCUGAGCUGGACCGCCUGCUGUUGGAACUCAAUGCUGUCCAGCAAAGCACCCCUGCCUUCCCUACAGAAGAAGAAACAGCUCCUCCGCUGCCCGCCAGCAGCGUCAUCCACAGUGUCCAGGAGAACGGAGUCUCCUCUGCAGGCAAGGUUGCUCCACCUGUAUCAGAAAAGCCUAAACGCAGUGCAGCAACUCGGGGAAUAGAGGAUGUACGACCAAGUGUAGAGAGCCUUCUGGAUGAGCUGGAAAGUUCUGUGCCCUCACCCAUUCCCACACCAUUGGCUGUGUCAGAUGAACAAACAGAUGGACAGGAGGAAACACCAGCACAGCAGCAAGCCAGAAUGUCUGCCUCCUCUGCCACACGAGAGCUGGAUGAGCUAAUGGCCUCCCUGUCUGACUUCAAAGUCCAAAGCAAUAUCCAGUCCCAGGGAAAGACGUCUCCCACUGGUCCACCCAAACCUGCCAACAAGCUGGACAACAUGCUGGGAAGCCUGCAGUCCGACCUCAACAGGCUCGGAGUCCAGACGGUGGCUAAAGGGGUCUGCGGAGCCUGCAAGAAACCCAUUGUUGGGCAGGUGGUGACUGCCAUGGGCAGAACGUGGCACCCCGAGCACUUUGUGUGCACUCACUGUCAGGAGGAGAUCGGCUCCAGGAACUUCUUUGAGCGUGAGGGACAGCCUUACUGUGAGAAAGAUUACCACAGCCUGUUCUCGCCGCGAUGCCACUACUGUAAUGGACCCAUACUGGAUAGAGUAGUGACUGCUUUGGACAAGACAUGGCAUCCAGAGCACUUCUUCUGUGCACAGUGUGGAGCCUUUUUCGGACCAGAAGGUUUCCAUGAGAAGGAUGGAAAGGCGUACUGCAGAAAGGACUACUUUGACAUGUUUGCCCCGAAAUGUGGUGGCUGUGCCAGAGCCAUCCUGGAGAACUACAUCUCAGCUCUCAACUCACUCUGGCACCCUGAAUGCUUCGUCUGCAGGGAGUGCUUUACUCCAUUCAUAAACGGCAGCUUCUUUGACCAUGACGGCCAGCCGUACUGCGAGGCACACUACCACGAGCGACGCGGAUCGCUGUGCUCCGGGUGUCAGAAGCCCAUCACCGGCCGCUGCAUCACAGCCAUGGGCAAGAAGUUCCACCCCGAGCACUUUGUCUGCGCCUUCUGCCUCAAGCAGCUCAACAAAGGCACCUUCAAGGAGCAAAACGACAAGCCCUACUGCCAAGGCUGCUUUGUUAAACUCUUCAGCUAGACUGUUUGGUCAUGUAUAAAUGUGUGUGUACAGUCAUCUACACACUUAUGUCUGAAUGCACGUGUGUGUGUGUGCACUCAUAUGUCUAGCAUGUUUGAGUCAGUGAAGUGUUUUUUGAGAAUGAGGGCGUUGGUGGAUCACAUUAUAAGGAUAAGAAACGUCGUUAUUGACCCUUGAUACUGAAGGGAUUUCCCAGGCUGUCCAACCUCUCAGGCUUGGCGUUUCACACUUUUGCUAAAGACAUUUUUAACAGAGCCCAAAGAGAUUUUUAUUUAGAGUUUUAUUCCUGUGUGCAGCAAUUAUUUUCCCUCGUACGUGUGUAAAUAUAUGAACAUACGGGCGUCGAAUUAAGACUUCCUCAGAUUUGUAAAUGAUUUACUUCCCCCUAUUGCAGGGCAAGACCUUGCACCUGUGGUGGUUUUAUGCAGAUAUGAGACAGCUGCUUGUUUGCAUGGACCACAAAGAGUUGACUUAAGCAGUUUUAGAAUAUGUUGAGUGUUUAGUGCUUGGCCGAUGAGUGUUGGAAUAAUCUAUGAAACAAAGUAUUUUUCUAGCCUUGGAAACUAUUGAGGUGCCAUUUAAAAAUAACCAUGAAAACACUCCAUAUGAACGUGCACACAGACACACACUGAACUCUUCCUCAUAUCUUUAAAAUAGAAUUUCAACUCUUUGCGCACUCCAACCACAGAUCUCUUGAUGAGAUUGUCUUAAGGUGCAUUUAAAGUUGUCAGCAAGAUAUUACUCCUUAUUUUUCUACUGUUUUAUUAUGAAAAUGAACCCAUAUGGCAUGUUUUCUGCGUUUUAGCAUACAUCACUCUUACAUUUGUAGUCCUGUAAGUUAAAUAGAAGUGGAGACCUCCAGAGUUGAAAAAUGAAGUCAGUGCAGAAGUGCCAAAAGCUGCAGUUCAUUGAAUGGACACUUGAGGCUGGCUCCUAAACAGAGUAAGUUCCUGUAGACACCUGUGUUGAAACGCCCAACUUUAUAGCAGAAAUCAACAUGUUUACAGCCUGGUACAAAUGAAAAAAAUGUGUUGGUCUCUAGCUGAUUUCAACAUUUAUGACAACUGUGAAGGGGCUGAAUUUUUGUAUAAUACACCCUUUUAUUAAGGCUGAAAGUUAUGCAUAUUUAAAGGCGGGCUGCUUUGAGUGACAGGCGGUCUGUUAAUAAUGCCCAAGGGUUUCAGUCAGAUUCCCCCCUUGCUCCUCCAUAGAGCCAGCCUCUCGCCCAAAUAAGGUCACUUCUGACUCCAACAAAACCCCACAAUGGCGAAAGCUGAAAUGCCAAACUCGAGCCGUAAAAAUGGAAGUCCACAAACCAACAGGCGACAUCACGGUAGCUAUGUCCAUUAUUUUUUGAAGUCUAGUCCCAUAAGAGUGAAAUCAAACAUAUAAGUCGCCAUACUGAACUUAUUUUUAAACUGUAGCAACUUGGAACUUUGUUUCUACUUUCCCACCUUAACAGUGUGUGUUGUGUCAUUUACACAAACGUUUAACUAAAAUUUAACGGUUGCAACCGAUGAUGACAAAAAGUAGGUCAGUAAGAAUAAUAUACAGUAUGUAUUUUGAUUGUUAAUGUGGAACUUUAGGUGCAAUUUACAAAAAGCCAAAACGGAGUUGAUUGUCUUUACUCUGCUGUAAAAAGUGGAGAUUUUCCUGCUGUAUGUCCCCACACAGAAUAUAUUCAGAAGAAUUGGAUUAAGAAUAAAUGAUGCUUCACUUCAACAUUUUUACUAUUGCUACUAUUGUGAAUUUAUCACUGUAUUAUUUCUAAUCAAAGGCUGGCUCAAGAUUUUGAAUAUGGUUGUGCAUUUGGAUGAGAAGCAUGCUUUGUUUUACGUGGAGUUUUAUCAGCACUCGCUGCCAGUCGCUAUUACAAUCAGAAUCUAAAUUUGUAUACCUGUAUAAUGUGCUCGACUUUGUGACAGAACUGUGUUUUGUCACCAUUUUGAUGAUUAAAAAAAAAAAAUAUAUAUAUUUUUGAGCUGUUUGGGCUCACACUGAUAUGCAAAGAGCUGGCUCUAUUAGCAUGUAGGCUAACAAUAGUUUACCCUGUUCUCACUCACGACACGUACCAGCUUUGAUUCCAGUGUGUCAGACUUCCAAGGAAGCGCAGCCCUUAUUUUCAAUGUGAGUCAUGAACUAUGAUCCUGCAGUUUGAGUUGAUAUCAGGCUUGGCUCACUGAUAGCAGCUGGAUGUGUGUGGGAGCUGGUCAGGAAUCAGAACACAGGGCCGAGCCUCGAGCAACGUUUAUGUCAUGACUCAUUUCAUCUUUAUUUUAGCUCUGUUUUGCCGCAUUUAUGAGACAAUGAGUGUUUUUGUUGGGGACAGUAUUGCUUGUCUGUAAUUUUUAUCACUAUGCGUGUGUCCACAUUGUUUUUACUUUAGAUGUUUGCUCAUGUGCCAAAUGUGUCAAUGCAAUAAGGUCUUAUACACUGUGGAGUUCUCAACCUUUCCUGUGAUUUGACUCUUUAUGGGCUGAACUCUGGGAGAGGCUUCGUCUGCUGUGGUGCAUCUUAACUCCGAACACCCAAACGUUUACACUGUAAUUAACGGAAAAGUCAAGGAGAGACUGUCUGCACCGAGUCAUUCAUCAGCAGUACAGUAUAGCGUACACUUGUAGCUGAUUCAGAUUAACAGGAAGUAGCAGGGGGAAAUGAACAGGACUCUUGAGUUAAUUUUGCCCCAUGUAUAUUUAUCCGCUUACAGUAUAUUGCCUUAUAGUUUUUGCUUCUGUCAAAGAAUUCAUUAAAAAAAACAAAGCCUUUUACUGUUAA